CCCCACCCCUCAAGGACGCUCUUUGUGAGGUAAUGCAGCUCACAACCUUCUACCAGCUCGGUCAGUGUGAUUUUCUAAAAGGGGAGGGGUCUACAUAAAUCUGCAGCUUUGUGAGGCUCUCCGGAAUUUGCUGCCUAGUGAUUAAAUUGGGUAGGAUCAUAGGGGAGUUGAUCGGAGGUGUCCAUGUGUAGGCGGCAUCCAUAAGCGGACAGUUCCUGAUUCUCUUCCUGACAGAAGAUCCCGAAAGGUUGGCGGGCUCUUACUUGGCUUCACUGCCAAGAUCCUGGCAGGGCAUGAAUUCAUCCUCGUCCUUUUUUGAGGGACUCGGCUCUGUAGACCCGCAGCUGCAGAGUUUCAUCGAGGCAGAAACUCAGAGGCAGCGGUUCCAGCAACUGGUCCACCAGAUGACUGAACUAUGUUGGGAGAAGUGUAUGGACAAGCCGGGGCCAAGGCUGGACAGUAGGACAGAAUCUUGUUUUGUAAACUGUGUUGAGCGCUUUCUUGACACUAGCCAGUUCAUCUUGAACCGACUGGAGCAUCAGCAGAAAUCCAAACCAGGCUUCUCAGAGAUCCUGUCUGAUUGAUCACACUCAGCCUCACUGUCUCUGAACCUCUGGUAAAGAAAACGAAUUCAAAAGAACAGUGGAUGGAAUGACUGGAAAAGCAAUAAUAAUAAUAACCCUGUGCAAAAGUUGGCUAGCACCUUUAGUCAUAACCUGUAUCACAUUGGGGAUGUCUUGUCAUUUGAUGGGUAAAGAUCAAUUCUGUGCCGUU